CCCUCCCGGUCCUGUCCCUCAGACCGUUAAUGGCAGUUCCCUUUUACUCUUUUUGCUACCCACGUGGGCUGCCAGACAGGGCGGUGUAUUGUCAGCCCCACUGUGCUGCGAGAACUGGAGUAGGAGUCCACCUCAACUUCUUGGCAGAGACAAAGGCAACAGUGAAAUUCCUUAUAAAAAAUCAGCUCAGAGGUCCAUGGGGCAAUAUGGCUUCAGGAGGCUACACUUACCAAGAAACUACCUUUGUCUGUGUGAAGGCAAAGAUCUCCCACAAAAUGGCAACUUCUGUCAAGGAUCAGCUGAUUGUGAAUGUCCUAAAGGAAGACCAGGUUCCCCAAAACAAGAUUACUGUUGUUGGGGUUGGUGCAGUUGGUAUGGCAUGUGCCAUCAGUAUCUUAAUGAAGGAUCUGGCUGAUGAACUUGCCCUAGUUGAUGUGAUAGAAGACAAACUAAAGGGGGAGAUGAUGGAUCUCCAACAUGGCAGCCUUUUUCUCAAAACGCCAAAGAUUGUUUCUGGCAAAGACUACAGUGUGACUGCAAACUCCAAGUUGGUUGUUGUUACGGCUGGGGCACGUCAACAGGAGGGAGAAAGUCGUCUUAAUUUGGUCCAGCGCAAUGUGAAUAUCUUUAAAUUCAUCAUUCCCAAUAUUGUUAAAUAUAGCCCUAAUUGUAAGCUGCUGAUUGUUUCCAAUCCAGUGGAUAUUUUGACCUAUGUGGCCUGGAAGCUAAGUGGUUUUCCUAAGAACCGGGUUAUUGGGAGUGGUUGCAAUCUGGAUUCUGCCCGUUUCCGUUACUUAAUGGGGGAGAGACUUGGUGUUCAUUCUUCAAGUUGUCAUGGAUGGGUCCUUGGGGAACAUGGAGACUCCAGUGUUCCUGUGUGGAGUGGUGUGAAUGUUGCUGGUGUCUCUCUGAAGAAUCUUUAUCCUGCUUUGGGAACUGAUGCUGAUUCAGAGAAUUGGAAACAAGUUCAUAAACAGGUGGUUGACAGUGCUUAUGAGGUGAUCAAGCUGAAGGGCUAUACUUCCUGGGCCAUUGGCUUGUCUGUGGCAGAUCUAGCAGAAAGCAUUAUGAAGAAUCUUAAGAGAGUGCAUCCAAUUUCCACCAUGAUUAAGGGCCUAUAUGGAAUUAAUGAGGAUGUCUUCCUUAGUGUCCCAUGUGUCUUGGGGCAGAAUGGCAUUUCAGAUGUGGUGAAGGUAAACCUGAAUCCGGAAGAGGAAGGCCAUUUAAAGAAGAGCGCCGACACACUUUGGGGAAUCCAGAAAGAGCUGCAAUUUUAAAGCCUUUUAAUGUGCUGCCAUUUUACCAUAGAGAACAUGACAGUGGUUAAGGGGUUAUGUAUGAUGCACUUUUCAAAUAGGUCAAAACCUUCCUCUGAUUAGCGAUUGAACACCAGAAAAGUAAAACCUGUGAACACACUCUAGUCCCUUCCUAAAGUUAGAAAUGGGGAGUAGUACAGUGUGACUGCUGUUUGUUAAACCCUGUUGUCGUUUGUGUAUGAUGCUGAGUAUGACUUGUACAGUCUUAGUAGCUGGUAUCAAGCAGAUCCAGCGCCCCCACAGAUAUAUAACUGCCUGCCUUGUAUGGAAGUGCUGCAGGUUCCCAUAGAUCCAGAAGACAACAUUCCUGGAUAUAAAACACCAUAUAGUAG